CUCUCUGCUGCUUUCUGAAGACUGCAGGCGCCAUCUUGGUUCCGGGGAGGUUUUUAAACUGGAAGAAAAGUCAAAGUAAAGCAAAGAAAAACCCAAAUUAAACAUCUGAAAUCUGGUCCGUUCGGGUCGGCGACGAAGAUGACACUCGGUGUAAAGUCAUGACACCUGUUUUUAAAUACUUUUAAGAGAUUUUAAAAGAAAUACAAGAAAACUAUAAAGAAAACAAACAUUGGGCCGGAGGGAUUUUUGCAGCUGGGAAAGUUGUUUUGUUGACGUUAGCUCGCAUGCUAACACUUUUACCUGUCGGAUAUGUCAUCGACUAAUCCAGAUAUGUCUGAGGUUAUGGCUACAUCAGCUGGAUCUCAUUCUAACGGCUCUGCGGUCGUCCCGAAGGGAAACAACAAGCGACAAGCAACCUCUGACUAUGAGGACGAAGAUGGAGGAAAAUUAUUUAGGUGUGAUGAUGAAGGAAGUGGCUCAAACGACAAAGAGCGUUUUGCCAGGGAGAACCACAGCGAGAUCGAGCGGAGGCGGAGAAAUAAGAUGACCGCUUACAUCACAGAGCUGUCAGACAUGGUGCCCACCUGCAGCGCUUUGGCACGGAAGCCGGACAAACUCACGAUUCUGCGCAUGGCCGUCUCUCACAUGAAAACUCUCAGAGGAAGCGGCAGCACCGGCACAGAUGGAGCAUACAAGCCGUCCUUCCUCACAGACCAGGAGCUAAAGCAUCUGAUCCUGGAGGCAGCUGACGGGUUUCUGUUCGUCGUGUCGUGCGAGACCGGCAACGUUGUUUAUGUAUCUGACUCCGUCACACCGGUUUUGAACCAGGCACAAUCUGAUUGGCACGGCUCCUCGUUGUACGAUCAGAUUCAUCCAGAUGACAUAGAGAAGCUCAGAGAGCAGCUUUCCACCGCCGAGAACAACAACAGCGGUCGGAUGUUGGACUUGAAAACAGGGACGGUGAAGAAAGAAGGGGGGCAGUCCUCAGUGAGAAUGAGUGUAGGUGCACGACGCUCCUUCAUCUGCAGGAUGAGAUGUGGGGUUUGUCAAGUAGAACCAGUGUCCAUGAAUAGACUCAGCUUCUUGAGAAACAGAAACAGGAAUGGAUUGGGUACUCCCAAAGAUGGUGAACCGCAGUAUGUGGUUGUGCACUGCACGGGCUACAUUAAGUCAUGGCCCCUCGCAGGAAUGACUCUGUCUGAUGAGGAUGCUGAUAGUAGUCAGGGAAAUCGUUUCUGUCUAGUCGCCAUUGGAAGGCUACAGGUAACAUGUUGCCCAGGCGACAACUUGAACAACAUUAGUGUACCAGUGGAGUUCAUUUCCCGUCAUAACUGCCAAGGCGUCUACACUUUUGUGGAUCAUCGCUGUCUGGCAACAGUUGGUUAUCAACCUCAGCAAUUACUGGGGAAGAACAUUCUAGAGUUUGCACACCCAGAAGACCAGAACUUAUUGAGAGACAGCCUUCAGCAGGUGGUGAAACUGCGAGGUCAGGUUCUGUCUGUGAUGUUCCGGUUUCGCUCUAAAUCUAACGAGUGGAUCUGGAUGAGGACGAGCUCAUUCACCUUCCAGAACCCUUUCUCAGAGGAGAUCGAAUAUAUCAUCUGCACCAACGCCAAUGUGAAUAGAGCUCCAAAUCAGGAUUCCCUGUCCCCCCUCUCUUCCCCGGGGGUGGCACUGCCCCCUUCACUGGGGCAAAGCAGCCCUAACUGCCCCUCCACUCCCAGCCCAGGUCAGAUGACAGCCAGACAGAUGCAGCAGCAGGCGGAGUUAGAGGGCGGGAUGAGCAGAGAUGGAGUGUAUGAAACGAACCAGGUGGCUCUUCCUCAGGUUCCAGUGCAGACUGUGGGUGUAGUCGGUAAUGAUCACAACUCCAAGACUCUGAGCUCCUCCAGUGUCUCUAGUGGACAGCAAGUUUAUCCUUCAGCAGCAUCUUUCCCCAAUACUACACAUCCCAGUGAGCCAUUCAGGUCAGCUGGUAUGGCUCAGCAAAUGGUGUCGACCCCUCACGCAGCAGGCCAAAUGCUUGCACAGAUGUCCCGUCAGAACGCACCCCCUGGAGCCGCCGCAACCAACAACAGCCCUAUUCAGGCCCAGGCAGGAACCACAGUGCCACCUGGAGUUUGGUCUGCCACAAGACCGUCCUUUAACACACAGCAGGUAGCAAGCCAAGUAGGAAAGAGUCAGUCUCCCCAAUUUAAUAUGGGAGGCUUUAACUCUGCCCCUCCAGCCUCCACCACCUCCUCCUUCGGUCAGAUCAGUGGAGCUCCCAUGGCAAACACAUCAAAUUACCCACAACUUAAUAAUCGCCCCAAUGCCUCAACUAAUGGCUACGGUGAUGUUAAUCAGAUGGGAGCACAGUUCACCUCCAGGCCAGCAGAGGGAGUGUCAGGGUGGCAGCAGUGGCAGAAUCAAGCACAUGCUCAAGGCACUGCCGACACACAUCCACAGUCUCAGAACAACCAGACAGAGAUGUUUCCAGAUGUUCUUUCUAUGUUGGAUCAGACUGGAAGUUUCGGCAAUGAUGACUUCGGAGAGAUGCCCAUGUUUCCUCCUUUCCCAGAGUGAUCCCACAUUUUCUGUUACGUUCUUCUUUCACUGUUGCUCUCUUACUCUCCGUUUCCUUCUGUUUUAACCAAAUUGAUGGCAGAGUUUGUCAGGAUCCAGAAGUACAGAGAGGCACCUGUAACAGUGCACCUGUUGCAAGUCAUAAUGAGGAUACAAGAGAGACGGCAUAGGGCACAGCCAGAAAAGACAGACAAACAUUGACAACCCUUGUGUUUUCUACAGGGGUGAUCAUGUGUUCACUUUUUAAAAUCACGCACAAUUGCACAAGUUGAACACAAACAGUCCCACACUGUGUCAUUGCCGAACAUGCACAUGCAUCUUUAUUUUGAGUUUUAAUGAGGGUUGAACCAGCCCACAUAAACACACACACAAUAUGACAGUCUUAUCUGUUUAUCACUGUGUAUGUAUACCGUAUGCACUGCCUCAUUUCUAAUGCCACAUUUUGAUCCCAAUAAAGUAGGAGGACUUGCCUCAGAAAAAACCUCUGAAUGAAUUAAUGUUCAAGAGCUCGAAAUGUUUUGGUGUCCAGCACUGUUUUCCCUGGAUGUUAAUUUGAAAUGACAGGAAGGAUAUUUACUGAAUUCAGAUUCCUCAGUUCAAAGUCAACAAUUGACAUAAUAAAUAUAAAGGCUUUUUCAGUCUGAAUGGCUUAUAUUGGUGCGUAACCUGCUGCAAUAGAUCUGGACUGCUUUAAAACUCAUCACAGACUGUGGAUUGUUUUUCUCUUGUCAGUUCUGCCGCUUUAAUAUGUAAAAGCCGAUUGCCUGAAACGUCACUUCCUGUCUUCACGUCUCUGCUGAUGACAUGAUGUGCUCUUACUCGGGCAUGUUUUUAAAACGAAACAUUUUAAAAUCUCAAAACCAAGCAAUAAAGAGUAGGUUUUGUGUAAAUGUCAGAAGCCAUUUUUCUUGGUAUCCUAAGUAUUGUUAUGGCUUUUAAUGUUGAAUAUUGACAAACCUAUUAAGAAUAAUUUGCGUUGUCAGUGUUUUGCUUUAAAAUUCAGAUUCUGAUUGUUUUUAUUCUAAAUUAUCCUUGUACAGAGAUUUCUUUCUGAAUUUUUAACAUACUUCAGAUGGAUAUUUACAGGUUUAAUAGUUGAAUUGCUAAUAGAUUAACAAUUCAAUGUUGAAUUAAGUUUGUUAUUGAAUGUGGGUGUAUCCUCUUUAAUACUAAGUCAGACCAUGUGUCAAUAUUCUUUCUCUUUUUAUAAAGUGAUAUAAAAUGGCCAAUGCUCUGAUUCUGUGUGUUGUUUGUUUCCAUCUUGUUCCUGAAAAAGAUUUUUAAAAUGAUGCGUGCUGCAGUUUGUUUAGUAAGCAUAGAUAUAAAUAAGCAUAUAUGUAUAUGAAAUGUUAAAUGAUGGAAGAGAACUUGGGCUUUUGUAUUAAAUUGUUAUAUU